AUGAGAGACCGAUAUUUUCUGUCUUCCAUCUUUCGGAAAUUUGCCAUAGCCAGAGACUUUGUCCGACGUAGUUUUCGCAGGAUAUCAGGUCGUAGAACACGUCAGAACAAGGAUUCAGCUUCCAAGGACACAGACAAAGAUAACAAAAAAAUCAUUUCCUCUGAACAUAUCUCAUUUGAAUAUGAUAAUUCUGGAUUCAGAGACGGUGAUAUAGAUGAUGGGUUUGGUGAUGGGGAUAGUUCAAAACGAGGUUACAGUAGACAGGAUUCAGAACACAUUGACCUGACUCCUGAAGAUCAGUCGGUUAUUUCGGGAGAAUCUGUCAGAACUAAAACCCCUCCAAACAUUGUUGGAUAUAUAAAGUACCUAGACCCCCGUAUCACUGGUAGAUCUCACAGUACGAGUCCCAGACUAGAUACAGAACACCCAUAUACAGAGAGUAGUCAGGAUUCCAAUACAAGUGGCUCCCUCUAUCAGGAAAUGAACCCAGGUCUUACACCUGACUAUGGACCCGCUUAUCAACCAGAUAAUCCUACCCACAAUGAUGGUAAUUCUAUUCAACUAAAGCCAAAUGGUGCACAGCGUUCAGAGCCCAAACAAUCCAAGACAGCACCACGCAGUAAUCAUCAAAAUGAUAAACCUCCAUCUUAUGAUCGCUAUAUUGAAGAUAUCCAACAAAGAUCUGAUGAUAAAUAUAGACCAAAUGUUCAAACUAGUGAUCGAAGCAAACCUGACAUUAUACCAAAGACACCCAGUAACUCUGAUCCACGCUCUAAAGACCGUUACAAUCCAGACAGACAGCCAGUUGUAAGGUACACACCACAGUCUCGAUCUGACGAUCGCUACAAUACGGACACCCAUUCACGGCCAGAUGAUAGGUAUAACACAGACAUUCAGCCUCACACCAAUCCUGAAAUACAGCCUCGAUCUGAUGAUAGGUAUAAUAACCGACGUCCAGUAAAGUUAGACUUUAACGCUGAUGGCAGGAACAGACAUCCAGAGAGACGUACACCGACAAGAGAGGAUCACCCACAACCAGGGUAUUCUCAGCGGAAUCCGACCUCUCCUGGGUAUUCCCCAGGAAAUCCGACCUCUCCUGGGUAUUCUCAGCGGAAUCCAACCUCUCCUGGGUAUUCUCAAAGGAAUCCCUCCUCCCCUGGGUAUUCCCUUGGAAAUCCCAUCCCGGGGUAUGACCGAUCUUUUGCCCAGCAGACAAGGUCACCUUCACAAGGAUCUCCACCUCGGGACAAGGUGAUGCUGGAGGGUGAAGAACCAGUCCGUGAAAUCAACAUUUAG